AUAAGAUUUAAUUAUGAACGUCGGUACACAUGUUAGUGAUGAUUGCGUUACAGAAUUCAACAAGCUUAAGUUGGGUAAAUAAUAUAGAUAUUUGACCUUCAAAUUAAACACUGAAACUAAUUAAGUGAUUAUUACAAUAUUAUCAUUAGAUUGUUGUUGAUCAAAUUGGACAAAGGGAAAGUACCUAUGCUGAAUUUGUUGGUCAUCUCUAAAACGAAGUAUUUAUUAUUCACUAUUAAUAUAGUCAAGAUAUGCAGUUUAUGAUUAUCAAGCUGUAACUGAUGACGUUCCUCCAAGACAAGUUGAGAAAUUAGUCUUCAUAUUUUGGUCUCCAGAUGCUAAUUAGCCUGUUAAAUAAAAGAUGUCAUAUGCUGCAGGAAAAGAGGCUUUAAAGAAGAAAUUGAAUGGUUUAUCAAAAGAAAUCUAAGCUAAUGACCCAUCUGAAGUAGAAGAAGCAGAAAUGCGUAAAUUAGUAUUGAAUUGAAUAAUGAUCAUUAUUAAAUCAAUUUCAUAUUGCAUUCAAAUUACCCCUUUC